AUGGCUAAAUGUGUCAAUGCUCAACCACUUCCUCCUUCACACUCGAGCAGUAAGAUGGACACCGAGCAUUUGAAGCUCCGUUAUCACUUCAAGACGAGAAAACUAUCCGAGAAGAAAGUUACAGCGCAGCACUCACACCUUCCCUGUCUUCUUCGUUUCACCAGACCGCGUAGCUGUACCCAAACUGCUAAGGAGAAAUUCGACAAUGACGGUUUUGCAUUGGUGUUGGGUAUGCCGGACCACCAUGAAGACGACUACGUCGAGCUCGAGUACCAACUGACAGAUCGUAUCCAAAUCGUCAUCGACAAGGAGAUUUUCGAAGCAAGCGAGCGGAGAGUACGCUAUGGCAAUCGCGAGUCUAAAAUGUCACUAAAUGGUAGCACAUUGUUCCCGGAUCUGCUCUCGCUCGAGGACUGGAAGCUGCUUCAGAAUGAGUGGGAACUGGCUCAAGGCUUCUCUGUCAUCGGUCUCAGAACUCUGACAUAUGCUCUUCACAAUUUGUAUUUCUGGGAGGAAUAUUCGUGA